AAGAAGUUAGGUUAAGAGUAGGUUGUCAAAUGAGGAAAACUCGUGUAUUUUUCGGAGAUGAAAUUUAUUCGUUACGCAAUCAUAACAAAUAAUAUUUACAGCGGAAAUUAAACCCUUGGAAAUAUCCUUUAUCCCAAAUAUUUCGAAAUAAAAACUUGGUAAAAACAAUUGAUCAAAAUCCCAUGACAUUGUCAUCCUAAUAACAAUUUGGAAAACUCAAUUUCUGAUUGUCGCAUGGUAGAUAUUUGAAACCUAAUCCACCUGCACGACUGUAAUGGCUGCUUACAUAAAUCGCACAAUAUCUUUGAUGUCUGGGGAUGGACCCCACAAUAGAACCAUAGCUCCUAUAGUGGAUCCCAGAACUACCAGGCAGUUGACUGAUAAUUCACCUUUACAGAUUUUCGUUAAAGCCAAAAAGAAAAUCAAUGAUAUCUUUAUAGAAAUUGAGGACUAUGUGAAAGAUACAGUCGAGUAUAUGCACGAGAUCGAAAAACAAAAAGAGAUUGUAAACUCUGAAAAAGUCAAACAAACCGAGGAUUUUGUGAGCAGGGUUCAUGGUAUCAGAGAUGUACUCAGCAGAGAUCACAUGAAGGUUGCAUUUUUUGGCAGGACAUCGAAUGGAAAAAGCUCUGUCAUAAAUGCUAUGUUGAGAGAUAAAGUACUGCCAAGUGGAAUUGGACAUACAACAAACUGCUUCCUGCAGGUUGAAGGUUCUCCAACAGAUGAACCAUACCUAAUCCUCGAGGGUUCUGAGGAACAUUGUGCGGUUGAUUCAGUAGGUCAGUUAGCUCACGCUUUGUGCAAGGAGAAACUGAACGAAAACCAACUGGUACGAGUAUUUUGGCCAAGGAACAGAUGCUUGCUCUUGAGAGAUGAUGUUGUAUUUGUGGAUUCGCCAGGUGUUGAUGUCACACCGAAUCUGGACGAGUGGAUCGACAAGUACUGUUUGGAUGCGGACGUCUUUGUGUUGGUUGCUAAUGCUGAAUCCACACUUAUGGUUACGGAAAAAAAUUUCUUCCACAAAGUUUCUACUCGUCUGUCCAAGCCGAACAUUUUCAUUCUCAACAACAGGUGGGAUGCCUCUGCAAAUGAGCCUGAAUAUCUAGAUCAGGUGAAGAGGCAACAUCAAGACAGAGCUGUUGAUUUUCUGGUCAAAGAGCUCAAAGUGUGCUCCCAGAAAGAAGCAGACGAACGUAUCUUCUUCAUAUCUGCGAAGGAAGCCCUCCAAGCUAGAUUAGCCGAAAGGGGUCAGACGGCCACGACUCCUUUCACUGAAGGAUUCCAAACCAGAUAUUUCGAGUUUCAAGAUUUCGAAAGGAAGUUCGAAGAAUGUAUAUCGAAAAGCGCGGUCAAAACGAAGUUCGAACAACACUCGCAGAGGGGUAAACUCAUAGCCACCCAGUUGCGCGAGAUUCUUGAUAGUAUAUACAGCGACGCCCAGAAAUUGAGGGAUGAUAAAUUGAAUAAGAGGAAAGAAUUGCAGGAUAAAAUAAACUACACGGAGCAACAACUGAUGAUUAUUACCCAAGAAAUGAAACAGAAGAUCCACCAUAUGGUGGAAGAUGUCGAACAGCGGGUCUCCAAAGCCCUCAAUGAUGAAAUAAGACGUUUGAGUACUUUGGUGGACGAGUUCAACCUACCCUUCCACUCUGACGCUUUAGUUUUGAACGUUUACAAGAAGGAACUUCAUUCUCAUGUCGAGGCGGGGUUGGGCUCUAACUUGAGGGCCAGAUUAUCAACGGCCCUAGCCAUGAACAUGGAGGCAAGCCAGAGGGAGAUGACGGAGAGGAUGGAGAGCAUAAUACCGGAUAAGAACAAGGCCAACGCCUCCUUGAUUCUACCCCGAAGACAACCGUUUGAGAUUUUGUACAGGCUGAACUGCGAUAACCUCUGCGCCGAUUUUCACGAGGAUUUGGAAUUUAGGUUUUCCUGGGGUUUGACGUCUAUGAUCCAAAGAUUUGCUAGCGGUGGAUCAGGUCUGUUGACGCUUAAGAACAAGAAGGACAGCCCCCAUAAUUCUAUAGUGCCAAGCACUCCCACCGACAUGGUGGAUACGAGUAGACUUUUUUACCAGCCUUCCGUAGCAGACGAUUGGUCUCUUAUUUCAAGAAUAGCGAUGCUUGGAGUCAGUUCGCAGGGUACCAUGGGCGGUUUACUACUGGCUGGUUUUCUCUUCAAAACCGUCGGUUGGAGGAUAGUUGUUGUCACUGGUGGUAUAUACGGUUGUCUUUACCUGUACGAGAGGCUGACAUGGACAAAUAAGGCCAAGGAGAAGUCUUUCAAAAAGCAAUAUGUCGGACAUGCGACCAGGAAGUUGAGGAUGAUCGUGGACUUAACAUCUGCCAACUGCAGUCACCAGGUUCAACAAGAACUGAGUGGUACCUUUGCGAGGUUAUGCCACUUGGUGGACGAAGCUACUGGUGACAUGGACACGCAAUUGAAGAAGCUAGAACACGAGGCCGCCACCCUUGAAAACGCUGCCAGUAGAGCGAAAGUUCUUAGAAAUAAGGCCAAUUAUUUGGCGCAUGAAUUGGAACUUUUCGAAGACGCUUAUUUGAAAACUCACCAUUGAUGAGCGCGGUUGCAUAGUAGUUUUUAUAUUGUUAUAUCAUUAAGAUUCAAAUGUCUGAAGUAAUAAUUAUUUAUUGAUUAUACAUUUCCGAAGAAAAGACUCUAUUAAAUCAAUUAUGACCAGGAAUUAUUUGGACAUACAGAUUAAUUUAAAAAAACCAAAUAAAACAAUCUUAACUCAUUGAAAUAUGAUGAACAGAUAAUACAUAUUCUCGAAAUUCGAGAGCUCUCAGUAUCUUCUAUCAAAAUUCAAUCACAUAUUCAGAUAAGGUAAAUAACAUCUAACAAAUGUUAUUGUUACUCUUAUUUCUAUUCAAAUGAAUCAAUUGAUGAAAGUUACCAUAUAUUUUCGAGUUUUUCAAUAUAUUUCUAAAUUUAUCCCUAUAAGGAACGAAAAUUUUCAAUCGAUUAUAGUGUGUUGUUGGAUCUUAAAUUUUUUUUAAUAAUCAGAAUGUUGCAUUGUUUACUAUUCUCGCGAUAAUCUGAAAUCGUUGGUUGAUGAUGAAAGAAUUCAUUCAACUAUUCUGAAUUAGAUUUCUAGCUAGAAGUUGUUCGAAGUGAAAAAAAGUGAUUGACAAAGAAAAAUAUACAAAUAACUGAAAUUUUCCCAUCAUUUGUGUAUAAUUAGUUUGUUGAUGUAAAUAAAUGAAAUUCUUGUUUUAA